CCCAGAGGCUCGCAGGACCGACGGACGGACGCAGGGAUCCAGGGCCGGACUGCGGGCAGCGGCAAGUACUUUGUGAAUUGGUACUCUGGAGCACUUUCAGUGACUGCUGCUGAUAUCUCUUCCUGGGACCCGCAAACGUCUGGUUUCCUCAGAUAUAAGCUCCGAUUAAUGGAGUUGGGGAACAGAUUACGUUCGUCUCACUAAGAUCAGAACAGCUGAGCAUCACAUACCAAGAGUGACACCCAGUUUAAAAAAAAGAAAAAAAGGCUGCAAGGUUUGGAUCUUUUCCUGCCUUAAAAGCAAGAAAAAUGGAAAAUUGAUAAUCAAAGGUCUUUGCAGAAGACGGGUCUGGAACCUAACCACGGGGUGUCCAUGACCCCCGAGGUUGCCGCCCAUCAGCAAUGAAAGGGUUAUCGGGCAGCCGCAGCCACCACCACGGAGUCACCUGUGAUUCGGCCUGUGACUCGCUGUCGCACCACUCCGACCGUAAGCCCUACCUGCUGAGCCCGGUGGAGCACCACCCCGCGGACCACCCCUACUACACUCAGCGGAACUCCUUUCAGGCAGAGUGCGUGGGUCCCUUCAGCGACCCGCUGGCCAGCAGCACCUUCCCGCGCAGGCACUACACGUCGCAGCAGGAGCUGAAAGACGAGUGCGCCCUGGUGCCGCGCACUCUGGCCACCAAGGCCAACCGCAUCCCCGCCAACCUCCUGGACCAGUUUGAGAGGCAGCUGCCGCUCAACCGGGAUGGCUAUCACACGCUGCAGUACAAGCGCACCGCCGUGGAGCACCGCAGUGACAGCCCCGGCCGCAUCCGGCACCUGGUCCACUCUGUCCAGAAGCUCUUCACCAAGUCGCACUCCCUGGAGGGCCCGUCCAAGGGCAGCGUCAACGGGGGCAAAGCGAGCCCUGAUGAGACGCAGACCGUGCGGUAUGGCAAGCGCAGCAAAAGCAAGGAGCGCCGCGCGGACCCCAAGGCCCGGCCCAACACCUCCCCGGGCUGGUGGAGCUCCGAUGACAACCUCGACGGCGACAUGUGCAUCUACCACGCGCCGUCGGGAGUGAUGACCAUGGGCAGGUGCCCUGACCGCUCGGCCUCGCAGUACUUCAUGGAGGCCUACAACACUAUCAGCGAGCAGGCGGUCAAGGCCUCCCGGAGUAACAACGACGUCAAGUGCUCCACCUGCGCCAACCUGCCUGUCAACCUGGACACGCCGCUCCUGAAGAAGAGCGCGUGGUCCUCUACUCUGACGGUCAGCCGUGCCAGGGAGGUUUACCAGAAAGCCUCGGUUAACAUGGACCAGGCCAUGGUGAAGUCAGAGUCUUGUCAACAAGAACGCUCCUGCCAGUACCUUCAGGUUCCUCAGGAUGACUGGACAGGGUACACCCCUCGAGGUAAAGACGACGAAAUUCCAUGCCGAAGAAUGCGGAGUGGCAGCUACAUCAAGGCCAUGGGGGAUGAAGACAGUGGUGACUCUGACACAAGUCCCAAGCCUUCUCCCAAAGUUGCUGCACGAAGAGAAAGCUAUCUCAAGGCUACUCAGCCAUCCCUUACAGAACUCACCACACUCAAGAUUUCCAAUGAACACUCCCCCAAACUCCAGAUCCGGAGUCACAGUUACCUGAGGGCUGUAAGCGAAGUCUCCAUCAACCGAAGCUUGGACAGCCUUGACCCUGCUGGCCUGCUCACGUCGCCAAAGUUCCGCUCUAGGAAUGAGAGCUACAUGCGAGCCAUGAGCACCAUCAGCCAGGUGAGCGAGAUGGAAGUGAACGGGCAGUUUGAGUCGGUGUGCGAAUCGGUAUUCAGCGAGCUGGAGUCGCAGGCGGUGGAGGCGCUGGACCUGCCGGUGCCCGGCUGUUUCCGCAUGCGGAGCCACAGCUACGUGCGGGCCAUAGAGAAGGGCUGCUCCCAGGAUGACGAGUGCGUGUCCCUGCGGUCCUCCUCCCCACCGCGCACCACCACCACCGUGAGGACCAUUCAGAGCAGCACCGGUGUCAUAAAACUGAGUUCUGCAGUUGAAGUGUCAUCUUGCAUUACAACAUAUAAGAAGACACCACCUCCAGUCCCACCCAGAACUACCACGAAACCUUUCAUUUCUAUCACAGCCCAGAGUAGCACAGAGUCUGCCCAGGAUGCCUACAUGGAUGGACAGGGCCAGCGAGGAGAUAUUAUCAGCCAGUCUGGACUGAGCAACUCCACGGAGAGCCUGGACAGUAUGAAGGCUCUGACAGCCGCCAUCGAAGCUGCAAAUGCCCAGAUCCAUGGCCCUGCGAGUCAACACAUGAGCAACAACCCUGCCACAGUCACUACCACGACCACCAUAGCCACUGUCACUACGGAGGACAGGAAGAAGGAUCACUUUAAGAAAAACCGCUGUCUCUCUAUUGGGAUACAGGUGGAUGAUGCUGAAGAGACUGAUAAAACAGGGGAAAAUAAAGCACCCAGUAAGUUCCAGUCCAUAGGAGUGCAAGUAGAAGAAGAGAAGUGCUUCCGCAGGUUCACUCGAUCCAACAGUGUGACCACAGCAGUACAGGCCGACCUGGACUUCCACGAUAAUCUGGAAAACUCUCUGGAGUCUAUAGAGGACAAUUCAUGCCCCGGCCCAAUGGCCAGACAGUUCUCCCGGGACGCCAGCACCUCCACGGUCAGCAUUCAGGGCUCAGGAAACCACUACCACGCCUGCGCUGCCGACGAUGACUUUGAUGCGGAUUUUGACCCUUCGAUUCUGCCUCCCCCGGAUCCCUGGAUUGACUCGAUCACUGAAGAUCCCCUGGAGGCUGUCCAAAGGUCAGUGUGCCACCGGGACGGCCACUGGUUUCUGAAGCUUCUCCAGGCCGAGCGGGACCGCAUGGAAGGGUGGUGCCAGCAGAUGGAGAGAGAAGAGCGGGAAAACAACCUGCCGGAAGACAUUCUAGGGAAAAUCCGAACCGCAGUGGGCAGUGCCCAACUUCUCAUGGCCCAGAAAUUCUACCAGUUCAGAGAACUGUGUGAAGAAAACCUGAAUCCCAAUGCUCAUCCAAGGCCCACCUCACAGGAUUUGGCCGGGUUCUGGGACAUGCUGCAGUUGUCCAUAGAAAAUAUUAGUAUGAAAUUUGAUGAACUUCAUCAGUUAAAGGCCAAUAAUUGGAAACAGAUGGAUCCUCUUGACAAGAAGGAGAGAAGGGCCCCUCCUCCAGUGCCAAAGAAGCCGGCGAAGGGCCCCGCGCCGCUGAUCCGGGAGCGCUCGCUGGAGAGCUCGCAGCGCCAGGAGGCCCGCAAGCGCCUGAUGGCCGCCAAGCGCGCCGCGUCCGUCCGCCAGAACUCGGCCACCGAGAGCGCCGAGAGCAUCGAGAUCUACAUCCCCGAGGCGCAGACCCGGCUCUGA